CUACCAUCAGUGCGCUCUUUCACUCACACGCCGCAGAAAGUUUGGAGGCCAGGCGAGCAGCGGGAUACCGACGGAUAGGAAGUGACGGGACUGAGUGAGAGUCAGAAGGAGGUAAGAAAAGAGAGAGAGAGAGAAGACGUGAACAUCAACACAAAGCAGAGUGAGAAGCAGCGUGCAAUCAUCGGACUCUUGACUGUGGUGCGGGAGGGAGCUGAAGUGCGCAUGAUCUUAUCAACAACACCGGAGCGACACACUUUCAAUGGAAGGGAACUGGUCCCAGAAGUGAAAGGGAGAGAUUGCAGUGAGGACGUGUGUUUGUCGCCUGAUUCCUAUGAAUGUGCCCGUAAUUGUGGAAAGUACUGACGCACGGCGGGGGGACCGCACGAAAGAGUGACCCACCAAACUUUGAUCAUGAGGGAAAAGACUUGACGAGACAACACGGCACAAGAGAAGAACACAGCUGGGAUAUGAGCGGAGACCUCUGGAUUUCGCCUCGAUUUUUUGCUCUCUCGGGUACGGUUUUGCGUCUUCGGGGAUGUUUGCGAGUUGCAUCUCCGCGGCUCCAGGUCGGAUACUGACUCGUUUCUGCGCCCUUGUGCUGCUCGUGGCUGUGGGACUCGCUGCGGAGCUGCGGGUCCGAGUCCGGCUCUCUGACGGACUGGUGACCGAGGAGGUUUUGGAGGCGGACAGCGAGAAAGACUCGAUAUCACUCGAGUUCAAGCAGGGAGAUGGGACGCUCAUCACUUUUGUGGUGGACUUCAAACGGGAUGUGAAAAUAUUCCGAGCGCUGAUCCUGGGCGAGCUGGAACGAGGGCAGAACCAGUACCAAGCCCUGUGCUUCGUGUCCCGCCUCAACCGCAAUGAGAUCAUCCCCAGCGAGUCCAUGGCCCGUCUCAGGCAGAAAAAUCCCCAGGCCAUUCGUUUGGCAGAGGAGCGGAGAGGCCUGGAGCAGCUGACUAUGAGCGCAGCGGUCAAUCUAAGUCGGGCCUGGCACCUCAGCGCCCACAUCCACAACAUGUGUAGCGAGGCUCGCGAGGCCAUCUACACCAGUGAGGCAGAUGUGAAAUACUGGCUGGAAAAAGGAGUGGACGGCUCCAUAUUUGAGGUUCUGCCCCAAGCAACAGAGCUACCCAGCUUUCAGGCCUGUCAUGCUACUAAAGACUUGUGGCAGCCAUGUCUCUGCACGUACACCCUGCGGCUGGAGUGGUACCCGUGUCUGCUGAAGUACUGCCGCAGCCGGGACGCAACAGGCAAGGGCUCCACCUACAAGUGUGGCAUCAAGAGCUGCAGCAAAGGAUACCAUUUCACGUACUAUGUUCCCCAAAAACAGCUCUGCCUCUGGGACGAGGAGACCUAGAGUUUUGUUGUGGAUGUUUAAGGAACGAGAAGACUUCUUUUUCUUUUUUGCCAGCCCAGCCAAUGCUUCUCCACCCAUGCUAACCACAGCAACACUGGACCUUGGUUUAUAUCAUGUGAAGUGAAGCUGUGUCAGGUGGGGAGGGCCGACAUCCAGACAUUCACGUUGAAGUAGAAAUAAAUUCAGGUUCCAGAUGAGACCAAAAGCUUUUAAGGGAGAUGCAGCAAAGUUACUAAUUUUUCACUAAUGUUUCUGGGGAAA